AUGGUAGAUUCCACGCUGUUGGAGAAUUGUCCCUUUUUAGAUGAUAUUUGGAAAAAGUAUAAUUCUGAUGUAGCUGCGAAUUAUAGCAAUGAUAGUUAUAUUUUAUUAUCAAGCUAUGAUUAUAUUACUAAUAUCAAUGGCUGUGAAAACGAAAAAAAAGAUAUUUGUAGAAAACUUUUACGAAAUUUGAAGGAGUUAUAUAACAGUAAUUAUAAGGAAGAGGAUUUUACUAAAUACUGCAACAAUAUAAACCACUGGUUAUAUUAUGAAUUAAAGAAACAUAAAAUUAAUGAUGAUACUAUUAACAUUAUUUUUAAAGAGUCAUAUCAGCCAAAUGAUAAUGAACAAGUAUCUCCUUUCUGUAAUUAUUUGACAUUCUAUGAAGGCUUAUUUGAACCAGAAAAGUUAGUAAUGUUAAGUAUAUUUAAUAAUAAUAUUCCUGAUAAUAAAGAACAUUUAAUCAAAAAUAUUGAUUCUAAUAUAUACUCUUGUGAAAAUUUUAUCAACGAAUGUGUAAAAAUAUAUAAAACAAUGCAAGAGCAUUACUGCUCAAAACGUAUCACUGAGAAUCACAUUAAAAACACUACCUGUAAAAUGCUAAAUAUGUUUAGAGAAUAUUAUAAGGAAAAUCUUUGCAAGAAAAUCAUAAAUCAUGAGUUAUCAGAAUUUUGUUCUUAUACUCCUACAAAUAUUAUAGAGGAUUCUUCAUCAGAAGAAAGUGAGUCAGUUCAAGAUUUUCCAAUACAAAUCAAUCAAUCAGAUCCUUCUAUAAUUCAAAGCGUACCCCUUGCUCUUGGCGUAAUGGCUGGAAUAUCAUCACUUUUAGUGUUAAUAUAUAAGGUAAAUAUAACCUUAAUUCAAAUAUAUGAAUAA